UUUCAGCUACGCCAACUCGGCAUUAUUGAUUUGUAAUGAUGUUGCUCAUAGAUAAUGAUCUUCCAUUGAUUGACGGUCGUGUCGUUUAUUAAGAGAAGUAUUUUGGAGUUUUGAAAGGAUUAGUUGUCCGCAAAAACUGUCUGAUGUCUGUAAGACUCAGAAUCAGACUUAGUCCUCCUGCUAUUUUACAACAACAACAACAACCAAUUUGAAGAUACCGGUACGUGUUUAUGUGCCUAGGGAGCCACAGACGUACAUACAGAGCACACAGUGGUAGUGGAACACAGGCUACAGACAAUUAUGGAUGCCAAAGAAAUCAAGUCAACCCUGAAGGCAGCUCGUGAAGCUAUACGCCAGAAAGACUUCAAGGAAGCUUUGAGAAACUGUAAGGCUGUUUUGAAAGCAGACAAGGACAACUACAAUGCCCUAGUGUUUAUUGGAGUAGCCGCUGAGGGCUUAGAGCAGCCAGACCAGGCCAUUAAAGCUUUUGAGAAAGCCACAGAGAUUUCCCCAGAACAAAUCCUUGCUUGGCAGGGGCUCUGCAGUUUUUAUGAGAAGUCUACAACGCAGGAGCACAGCCAGGCUCUAGUUCCUGUCUACGAGAAACUAGUCACAUUGUAUCAAGGGGAGGAGGCGAAAUGGAUCGAGACCAUCAAUAAGCUUGCUGAGCUGCACAGCAAAUUAGGGGCUCUGGACAGGGCGUCAUCAUGUUAUCACAAGGCCCUGAAGGCUAUCACGGACCCAGAAAAACAGAAACCCAUCUGGAGGAAGCUCGCUAACAUGUUAGGAUCAUCUCAGUCACUUACACCAGAUUUGGAGAACAUGUUACUGGAGGCUUACAAGGUCAUGCUGACAUCGGACGAAUCUCAGGAACAGGAACAGUUCAUACAACCAUACCUGGAGCUACUGAGAAAGAGUGAUGAUUAUGCUGAAUUGGAAAGUGAAAGUAAUCGCCUCAGCAGUUGUUACCCCAGCUGUGCUUAUCCUCUGGAGGCUGUCCUACAACUUCAGCUGGAUUCUCAAAUAGGGCUCAAACAGAGAUCAGCGGAGAAGGUUGGUGCUGUGUGUGAGAGACUGAGGACAAUGGGAAACCAGAGCUCUGUGUUAAAGUUGGGGGAAGGCUUUCUCAACAUGAUUAACAAAGACUACACCAGAGCUCAAGCUUUCCUAACUAAAGGUGUCAAGAGUUGUCCAUCAGUUAUCUCUGGCUAUGUUUACCUGGCAGAAGUACUGAACUGUCUCUGUGAUUACAAAGGUGUGAUCAGCACCUGUGAACAAGCCAUAGGAAAACUGAAGAGUAAAGAAAAACGGCUUUCUUGUCCAAAUAGUCUUGUAGAGGAUCAUUUGAACCUUCUGACAAUAAAGAGCUAUAUCUGUCAGCGGACAGAACUAACUUUGAAGAAAGCAGCGACUCUUCUUGAAGAGAUGACCAAUAAAAAUCCUGAGAACCAGGAAAUUCUUCUGCUGUUGGCAGAUGUCUAUCUGAAGCAGGGGGAGAUCACCAAGGUGGAGGAGUUCCUGAAUACACACCAGAGCAUGCUAACUCAUGCUGGUAAUGUGAAUGCUUUGAAAGGGAGAGUGGCAUUUGCCAGAAAGGAUUUCCAUACAGCCAUUCAACAUCUUGAGCAGGCUGUAAAAGAAGAUGGUUCAAGGAGUGAAUUUUUUUUCCAACUUGGAUGUGUUAAUUGGUCAGUUUAUGAGACAGCUGACCCAAGUGACCAAUCAUUUGCUGAGAAAUCCUUCAAGCAGUGGUUGCAGGCUGCAAAACUGAAUCCUAACAAUGCAGAAGUAUUCAGAUGUUUAGGUGAUUACUAUGCGACUGUGCAGAAAGAUUUAUUGAAGGCUAAGCGAUGUUACCAGAAGUCUUUCAACCUGAACCCUGGAGACGAGAAGACAGGUGCUGCCCUCUGUGAUUCGCUAACAUCCACAGGGGAAGAGGAAGCAGCUCGUUCCAUUCUGCUUAGAGUGACAAGUCAGGCCAGUGCUGGCAGUGGGAAGUGGGCCUGGUUGCGUCUGGGGUUGCACCAAGUGAAGAAGACUGACCACACAGCGGCAAUGACCUCAUUCCAGGCGGCACUCAGGGCUGACCCUGCUGACAAUCAUGUGUGGGAGUGCCUGGCAGAGGCCUACCUGACCCGAGGGAGCUACACAGCUGCUCUUAAAGCCUUCACCAAAGCCCUGGAGCUGGACCCUUCAUCUGUAUACUGUCUAUACCAGAUAUCAUUCAUCAAACAGACACUAGGCCAGUUCACAGAGGCUGUAUCAGAGUAUAAGGCUGUUCUGGAAACCUCCCCACACUAUGUGCCGGCCAUGAAAGGUUUGGGAGAGACUUUGAUUCUUUUGGCCAGAAGUCAUCUCAAGCAAUCGUUCAACUUGCGAGCCAAGGAUAACUGCUCAGAGGCCAUAGAUUAUCUGACACAGGGUGCGGCUAUUCGCCCUGACCUCUCAUGUCUGUGGAAACUCCUGGGGGAUGCCUGUACUGUAUUACAGCCUCUAUCUGACAAAGGCUUCAGUGUCUCCGUCCCACUAAAGCUUAUUGAAUUAGGGGAUAAGUCCAGUGAGAAGAAGAGAAGUUUAUCAAAGGAGGAGUUGCUGAAGCUUGGGGCAAGGUGUUAUGGGCAAGCCUUGAAGCUCCUCCCAGAUUGUGCUGCCCUGUGGCAUGACCUUGGGGUCAACUAUUUCUACCAAUCACAGCUCCUGUCUGGAGCAGCUGCAGUCGACGUGGCAACAAAAUCUCUCCAUAUUCUACAGAAGGCUGUUAUGUUAGACCCCCUGGAUUUCAGGCACUGGACUGCUCUGGGCAGAGUAGCAUGUUACCCUGGUGUGAACAAUCCCAGCCUAGCCCAGCACUGUUUCAUCAAGUCCAUCCUGGCAGAACGCAAUAAUGUAGUGGCAUGGACAAACCUGGGGACUCUGUACCUGAAAAAUGACAAUGUUAAGCUUGCUCAUGAUGCCUUCACUGUGGCUCAGAGCCUAGAUCCUACAUAUGUAGCCUGCUGGAUUGGUCAGGCCAUGAUAGCAGAGACUGUAGGGCAUGAGGAUGCCAUGGACCUAUUCAGGCACACCACAGAGCUGGGCCAUCAUUUGGAGUCUGCUCUGGGUUAUGGUCACUGGGUGUGCACUGUGAUGAGGGACCUGGAGAAGAGAGACUCUGAGAUGUACAAGUACUGUGUAGAGCAGAUGGCUGCCAUACCCAUGGCCUCUGAUGCUCUGUCCAGGUAUCUGGAUCGAAUGAAAACCAAUCCAACAGCUUAUAACAUGUAUGGCCUCUUGCUGGAAAAACAAGGCCUACUUCAGUCAGCAGCUGAGGCUUUCACAAGGGCCAUCUCUAUACUGGAGACAGGAAGUGGCUCUGAUGGACUUAUCACAAAGGAAUGCUGGAAGGUUGGAAGAGGCUAUGGCACAGUACCUAUCUCUGGGCAGGACCUGACCUUUGAAGGCACCUGUGAACUGGCACUGGUGCAUUACAAGCUGGGACAGCUCGCUCAGAGCUUCCAAGCAUACGAGAGAGCCCUGGAGCUUGCCAGUAAAGAUGAGGAUAAAUCCCAUGUGUACGCUGCCAUGGGAAUGGUUGCCUAUAAGUUUGGAGAUGCAGAUGGUGUUAAAACAGCUCUGUUUAACUGCUCACAAACCACGCCUUCAUCCAAUCAUGGCCUGGCUGCUUUGUGCAGCUUUGGCUUCCUCCAAUCAGAUGAGACGUUAGUGAGGGCAGCUCUGGAUGAGCUCAUCAGCAGGGACACCCUGGAUCUGCUGCCUCAGACCCUGUUGUUGGAGAUGUCUCUGCAGCAGAGUCCCCUGUUAACCCAGGCACUCACUGACCACCCAGAUAACCCUGCAGUCAGAGAUCUACAGUCCCUCGUUUUUGCUACGCCUCGUACCAGAGAAAUGUCACCAGGCAGCUGCGUCUGCUAA